AUGUAUGACAGUUGCGUUGUAGCUCACCGGACCAUCGACAAACAAAUCACAAAGGAAUACAACAACACAACACAUAGUAAAACUGGAUAUAGACCGUCAGAGGUGAUUCAAAAUAACGAGAAAUUGAUUUUAAAUGAUAAAUUCAGUUUUUUGAAAAUCGCCGGACCAAUAAAGUUAAAUUUAGGAGAUCUUGUGCGAAUAAGUAAAGCGAAACAUACUUUUGAAAAAGGUUACACCCCCAAUUUUACAACUGAAUUAUUCAAAAUUACGAAAGUGAAAAUAACGAAUCCUGUAACGUAUUUGUUAGAAGAUAUGACUGGAUCACCCAUCAGAGGUUGUUUCUACGAGGAAGAAUUACAAAAAACUGAAAAUCCCAACAUUUAUCUCGUUGAAAAGGUGUUGAAGAGGGAACGUAACAAAAUAAAAACGUUAAAUGGUUAG